AGCUUGAUUGUGUUGACCACCGGCGAGUCUUUGAAAGUCUCGACUUGAUUUCGGUGGAGAGAGACCAUGUCCGCCGUCAUACGCAAACUGUUCUUACCUCCACUCUCAUUGCCUAGUCAUUCUUCAUGAAAUAGCUGCAACGCGGGGCGUCAGGGAUGGCCAACUCGGGCGCUGUUCAGGUGAAACUAGAACUCGGCCAUCGUGCCCAAUUCCGAAAGAAACCCACGGUGGAAGGCUUCACCCACGACUGGAUGGUGUUUGUCCGCGGACCGGAGCACAGCAACAUUCAGCACUUUGUGGAGAAAGUUGUCUUUCACCUGCACGAAAGUUUCCCAAAACCAAAAAGAGUUUGCAAGGAUCCACCAUACAAAGUAGAGGAAUCAGGAUAUGCCGGCUUCAUCUUGCCUAUUGAAGUUUACUUUAGGAAUAAGGAAGAACCAAAGAAAGUUCGCUUUGACUACGACCUCUUCCUCCACCUGGAGGGCCACCCGCCUGUCAAUCAUCUCCGCUGCGAGAAGCUGACGUUCAACAGCCCGGCUGAAGACUUCCGUCGCAAGCUACUGCGAGCUGGAGGGCAACGAGACCCGCACAAACGCACCUCAGAGGACUCAAAAGUGAUGGUCAUGCAGGAAGGCUCAACAUCCUUGUUUGGGAACCACAUGAAGCUCCCUAUGCUUCCUAAUACCUCCUUGAUGUCUCCUUUCCCCGAUUCCCGGAAGAGCAAAAGCUCCCUUGGGUCAAAGGACAUCUCAAAAGGAAGUGGCGGUACACUCUUGACCACGGCCACAACCACCACCAGCACCACCAACAACAGCAGCAGCUUCUCCAAACUCCACAAGCCCUGCAAGGACCACAAAGACAAGCCUGCGAAAGAAUUGAAAGAAACCAAAAGUGCCUUGAGAGACUCUUCCCUGGAGUCCAGCAAAGCCCCUAAAGAGCCUUCCAAAAAACCCAAAGAGAACCAGCCACUUAGAGAUAUCAAUCCUAAAAUGGGAUUUAAGGAGCCGAAGUCUAUGUCCAAUCACGGCUCAGGGCCCAACAAGCGUCUGUCUGCUCCUGAUGCGGACAAUCGCGUCACCAAAAAGAGCAAAAAAGGAUUUGCGGAUUCGUCUGUGAAGCAGAUGGAUGCUCAACAUGCCGAUAAAAAACUGCUGAAGGAGCGAUCACAAAUGCAGAGUAGUAAAUUGCAUCCAGAGGGCGAACAAGUGGACCACAGGAAACUGUCAACACUUCCCCCCUUCCACGAAGUGGUGGACCACAAUGACUCUGACAUGGAGUCCGCCAAGUCAGAUUCCGAACAGCCCAGUCCAGUCAGCUCCAGUUCCAGUUCAGGCUUUGGUCCCACACACCACAGACGCCAAGUGCUGGGUCCGCUGCAGUCGGUGAUGCAGGAUCUGCACUCGGACGACGACGACAACGAUACUGAGGACGACGACGACCUCGACUUGGAUUCAGACGCAGAGCGGCCAGCGCACACCCACCUCACACACCACCAACGCAGGGUCAGUUUGAGCGACGGCAGCGAGAGUGACAGCUCCACCCCCUCACCGCCUUCACGUACUGACGCCCCAGGCUUACUUAAGACUACGAAUAACCAGAUACUGGAGGUGAAGAGUCCCAAAAGGCACAGCAAACAGGACAAAACCAAAAACGUAGAUUGUGACAAGGCGUACCUUGAUGAGUUGGUGGCACUGCACAAAAGGCUGAUGACCCUAAGAGAAGGUCACAUCCUGCAACAGAUCGUCAACCUCAUCGAAGAGACCGGCCACUUCCACAUCACAAACACGACUUUUGACUUUGACCUGUGCUCAUUGGACAGAAGCACAGUAAGGAAACUCCAGAGUUACCUGGAAACUUCCGGACUGUCCUGAAGUCCUUUUUCGUAUGGCGGCAGCUUGAACGUGUGAUUUUUUUUUUUUUUGUUCUGGUUUUUCUUUCGGAGAAUAACUAAACAUUGGAUGAUAUGCAAAGAGCCUCGCUGUGGUUGGUGGGCUGGAUCCAGUUGAGUUAUGGGAUGAGCCCCGGCGCUGAUCAGAUCACCUGCAAAGCCUUGAAACCUUCUAAAACACAUGGGGGACCUUUUUGCUCUUAAUGAAUGUGCAGAUGGUUGCCAUGUAUGCGUCUUCAGUUGUUGUCCAGUUUGACACAUGCAUGGUCAACAUUGCCUUACAACGUUGUACUAUAAUGUCUUAUUUAUUGAAUUUGUGUGUGUGUGUGCGUGCGUGCGUGUGUGUACGCAUGUGUGUGUUACAAGUAGCAAAAAAACGACUUUGUUGAAGCACUUCACAGCAAGCACAGGUUAUGUUUGCGUGACAGUUACUUUGACCCUCUGUCGGUCACUGACUUGAAAUCAUGACGAUGGGAUCUCGUACGAAUCCUGUGUACAUGUUUACAACAAUCAAAAGCUACUUGUUAAUGUGUGACUUAAAUAGUAUACAUAUUAUAUAUGCAAAGCAGCUGCCCCCUGCCGACAUCCUGUGAGGCCCAGCUGAGGUGUUCGGUGACUGAAGUGAAAGUGAAACAGAAGCACAUUUUUUGGGACCAAAUCCUGGAAGGAUGUGCUGCCCAGUGGGGUCAUAGUUUUUUGUCGCAUUGUCUUUUUUUUGGUCUUCGCCAAUAGAACAUGCCAAACGUACUAGUGUUUAAUGCACAAAAACCGCUGCAAAAAUUUCUGCAAGUUUGGAGGAAAACAAGCAGUCAGUGAACGUCGGCUAAAGACCAACUGUUACGGGUGUGCGAAUAAAAUGUUAUUUAUUUUGUGUCAACAUUUCCAAGGACAAUUACAUUUUUGUUUUUAACGUGUGAUUUGUAAUGUCUGAGAUGUUCAGGAUGACUAAUGGGCCUUUCCAAAAAAAAAAAACUAAAAGGGUUUACGUACGUCCUUGUCCUAUGGUAUCUUAUGUAUUUUGAGCACAUACAAUAAACUCUGUAUGAUGUACAAAUGAGACAA